AUGGAUCCCUCCCGCGCGCUUCUCGGCUGCCUGGCGAGCGCUGCUGCCACCGCCCCGCCCGGGGAGGAUGGAGCCGGGGCCGGGGGCGAGGAGGAGGAGGAAGAGGAGGAGGAGGAGGGGGCGGCGGUGGCCGUGGCAGCAGCAGAGGAGCUGGGCUCCGAGCCACCACUGCCCUUCUGGACCGCGGUGUUCGACUACGAGGCUGCAGGCGAGGACGAGCUGACCCUGCGGCUGGGCGAUGUGGUGGAAGUGCUGUCCAAGGACUCGCAGGUGUCCGGCGACGAGGGCUGGUGGACUGGGCAGCUGAAUCAGCGGGUGGGCAUCUUCCCCAGCAACUACGUGACCCCUCGGAGCGCCUUCUCCAGCCGCUGCCAGCCCGGUGGGGAAGACCCCAGCUGCUGCUACCCAGCCAUCCACUUAUUAGAGAUUGACUUUGCAGAGCUGACCUUGGAGGAGAUCAUUGGUAUUGGGGGUUUUGGAAAGGUGUAUCGAGCUUUUUGGGCUGGAGAAGAAGUUGCUGUGAAAGCUGCCCGCCAUGACCCUGAUGAGGACAUCAGCCAAACAAUAGAGAAUGUUCGUCAGGAAGCCAAACUCUUUGCCAUGCUAAAGCACCCUAACAUCAUUGCUCUGAGAGGGGUGUGCCUGAAAGAACCCAAUCUUUGUUUGAUCAUGGAAUUUGCACGUGGAGGGUCCUUAAAUCGAGUGUUAUCGGGGAAAAGGAUCCCUCCUGACAUAUUGGUGAACUGGGCUGUGCAGAUUGCCAGGGGGAUGAACUACCUGCAUGAUGAAGCGAUUGUCCCCAUCAUCCAUCGGGACCUCAAAUCCAGCAACAUAUUGAUCCUCCAGAAGGUUGAGAAUGGAGACUUGAGCAACAAGAUUCUGAAGAUCACAGAUUUUGGCCUGGCCCGGGAAUGGCACAAGACCACCAAGAUGAGUGCAGCUGGAACUUAUGCUUGGAUGGCCCCUGAAGUCAUCCGCUCCUCCAUGUUCUCCAAAGGCAGUGAUGUUUGGAGCUAUGGUGUGCUGCUUUGGGAGCUGCUGACGGGUGAAGUGCCCUUCCGAGGAAUAGAUGGCUUGGCGGUAGCCUAUGGGGUUGCCAUGAAUAAGCUUGCCCUUCCCAUUCCUUCUACAUGCCCAGAACCUUUUACCAAACUUAUGGAAGACUGCUGGAAUCCUGACCCCCAUUCACGACCAUCUUUCAUGAAUAUCCUGGACCAACUCACCACUAUAGAAGAGUCUGGCUUUUUUGAAAUGCCCAAGGACUCCUUCCACUGCCUGCAAGAUGACUGGAAACAUGAGAUUCAAGAGAUGUUUGACCAACUCAGGGCCAAAGAAAAGGAGCUUCGGACUUGGGAGGAAGAGCUGACCCGGGCCGCCCUUCAGCAGAAGAACCACGAGGAGCUGCUGAGGCGCCGAGAGCAAGAGCUGGCAGAGCGGGAGAUCGACAUCCUGGAAAGGGAGCUUAACAUCAUCAUUCAUCAGUUGUGUCAAGAGAAGCCCCGUGUGAAGAAGCGCAAGGGCAAGUUUAAAAAGAACCGGCUGAAACUCAAGGAUGGCAACCGCAUCAGCCUCCCUUCAGAUUUCCAGCACAAGUUCACCGUGCAGGCGUCUCCAACCAUGGACAAGAGGAAGAGUUUAAUCAGUAGCGGUUCUAGCCCUCCUGCAAGUCCCACCAUCAUUCCCCGACUCAGAGCCAUCCAAUUGACACCUAGUGAAAGCAACAAAACCUGGGGUCGGAAUUCAGUCGUCCAGAAGGAGGAAGGUGAGGAAGAAGAGAAGAGGGCCCUGAAGAAGAAAGGACGUACCUGGGGACCAAGCACGCUUGGGCAGAAGGAAAUUGUCUCAGGAGAUGAAGGAUCUCCUCAGAAGCGAGAGAGAACUAAUGGUUUGUGUGCCCUCUCAGAGUCUCCACAUUUUCACUUGGGCCUGAAAUCCCUGGUGGAUGGAUACAAGCAGUGGUCAAACAGUGCUCCAAAUUUGGGAAAAGGCCUGAGGACAAACCCUGCUCUCCCAGGAUUUACCAGCCUUGCCGAGAUGGAGGAUGAAGAAAUCGAAGGCCUGAGGAGUGGGGAGAGCCGAGCAAUCCAUUCCUCCAACCAGUCUUACCUCUGCAUUCCAUUCCCACGAAGCGAUGAGGUGGAUGGCCCAUCCAUAGAUGGAACCCAUGAGGAGCCCACCCCAGUUAACUCAGCUACCAGCACCCCACAGUUAACACCUACCAACAGCCUCAAGCGAGGAGGAACCCAGCAUCGCCGCUGUGAGGUAGCUCUCCUGGGUUGUGGGGCUGUUCUGGCUGCCACAGGCCUAGGGUUUGACCUGCUGGAGGCAGGAAAGUGCCAGCUGCUACCCCCAGAAGAACCUGAGCUGCCACCCCGAGAGGAGAAGAAGAGGCGUGAGGGCCUUUUCCAGAGGGCUAGCCGCCCCCGCCGGAGUACCAGCCCCCCUUCCCGCAAGCUCUUCAAGAAGGAGGAACCAGUGCUGUUCCUGGGGGACCCCUCAGCUUCUCUGACGCUACUUUCUUUGUCCUCCAUCUCUGAGUGCAACUCUACUCGGUCCCUCCUUCGAUCAGACAGCGAUGAGAUUGUGGUGUAUGAGAUGCCAGUCACUCCAGUUGAGGCGGCUCCCUUGCCCCCUCGCACCAACAACCCACUGGUCAAUGUCCAAGUUGAGCGUUUCAAGCGAGACCCCAACCAGUCCUUGACUCCCACCCAUGUCACUCUUUCUGCUCCCACACAACCUACUGGUCACAGACGAACUCCUUCUGAUGGGGCACUUAAGCCGGUGGCACCCCUGGCCAAUGGCAGCCCAUCUAGUAAUGGGCUGAGUGCCACACCAGGUGCAGGGAUGCUGAAAACUCCGAGCCCCAGCCGAGAUCCUGGUGAGGUACCCCGCCUGCCAGACCCCAACCUGGUCUUUCCCCCUACACCAAGGCGGUGGAACACUCAUCAGGACUCCACACUGGAAAGACCUAAGACUCUGGAGUUUCUUCCCCGGCCCCGCCCUUCUGCCAACCGGCAGCGGCUGGACCCCUGGUGGUUCGUGUCCCCCAGCCAUGCCCGCAGCGCCUCCCCCGCCAACAGCUCGAGCACAGAGACACCCAGCAACCUAGACUCCUGCUUUGCAAGCAGCAGUAGCACUGUGGAAGAGCGGCCAGGGCUUCCUGCUUUGCUCCCACUUCAGGCAGGGCACCCUCCUCCUGCUGAACAGGCCCUUUUGGAUCUGGAUGCAGAGGGGCAGAGCCAGGACAACACUGUUCCGCUGUGUAGAUCUGAACUAAACACACACAGAUCCACUACCUAUGAGGUUCAGCAAGAGUUUUGGUCUUAGCAUGAGAGGAAUCUGGGGUGGGGGUAGAGGUCUGGGCAAAAGGGAAGAGAGGACCUGGGAGUACCCGGCUAGGGUACGUCUCCCACCA